AUGCAAGUCGGAGGGACGCAGAUGGGGACUUCUGAAGCUUGGAGUGGAGACAGCGUGGGGACUUCUGACUGGCCGUCGCUGCUCUUCCACUUCACAGUCAAGCGCAACUCCAUGCAUUUGUACGGACGUUCCGAGUUCUCCAUGUACGCCAGUCCCGUUGCAUCGUCCGAUACGACCAGCGUCCUGUUUGACGCGUUCGCAACGAUUGACGACCCCACGGCGGUGUACAACUAUACACUUGUGAAUGGCGUGUCUUAUUUGCAGCGAAAUCCUCGGGUCGCUGGCUCCUCGCUUUCUCCAUCGGUCCGCUGUCUUCGAUCAGAUUUCAGCGGCUUUCCACCGUUACAUUCGAUUCUCAAUGCUUUGAACGAAGCUCUGCCGGUGACCGAGCUCUCUGGAAGCAUGGGGAGUACGAUCAAAUGUGAAGCAGGAAGCAUUUUUAAGGUGUCGGUAGAUGACUUUGAUUUCGCUUUGUGUGCAUCGCAAGACGUGGGCUUCAAGAUGUAUGGGGUUGACAUGGACAUUGAAGUCGAGUAUCUCGACACUCGCGUACAUAUCGUGGCUCCAGUCAUCCAGGCUGACGAUGAUAACGAUGACGACGAGUGCGAAGCUGACGUGUUGUUGAGCGCGGUGACACCGAUUGGCAAGUCGCUACUCACUGGAACGAUGGUAUUAACAAACAAAAGGAAAUUGGCACCUGCGAUAGCGUUUCCUUUCGAAGAUGAUGUUGCGUGCACGUGCAAAUCAAAACGUCGUCCGUGCAUUUUCAUCCAUGGACUAGGAGUGAAAAAGAGCUCGCCGAUGAAUCUGGACUCGUUGCCAUACUGGGGACCAAUUGCUGACCACGCUCCUUGUUGCUCGUCGAUGAAGUAUGCACAUCUGAAUACAGUCAACCACUCGUGGGCACAAGCUUCUCAACAGCAGGCGGUGUGCGACCGCGCUCUUGCAGUGAGCAACAGCAGCACCAAUUCCACUAUUAGGGAUACGAUCGUUGUGACUCAUUCGAUGGGAGGCCUAUUUAUAGGUGGUGCGAUCGCUAGUGGCAGGUGUAAGUUGGAUCCAAGCUCAACAUGGGUGAGUAUCGCAGCACCCAUGUCAGGAAGCAUGGGCUCUGACUUUGCUCAAGACGUGUGCAAUGGAGAGUCCAAUGUCUUUAUGGAAAAGAUCGCUGAGUUUAGGCAGCAGUGCCCAGUAAACGUGGCUACGAAGUCUGUGGCGUACGAGAACGGUGAGCACAGCUUCCCGAAGCUUAACAAAGCGUACAAAUCUGUUCAACAGGCAUAUCGGAAGCACGUUUCAGCUGCCAUGUGUAGCAACAGCUAUUCGGGGCUUUUGUCGACAUACCAAGCAAGGUUUUGGUUUAUCGGCCGAUUCGUUCCUCAUAAAUCCGAAGAAAACGACGGAACAGUUGAGUAUGCAAGCUGCACAAAAGGGUUGGAGGAGUCAAAGUUCGAAACCGAUUACAGGAGCCGCUUCUAUCGAACGAAGUUGAACCACUUUGACAUGCAGUUUCAAAGCGGUGACGGGUUGCUUAAUAAGGCAAAGAUGCCCGUGAAAUGGUUCGAAUGUCUGCUGUAG